AUAUUAACUGGGAUACUAUUUUUAAAGCAUAAUAAUUUCAAAUGUGUUGAAUCUAAACUUCAUCCGUCUCAUUAACAAAGAGCAGCCCUUCUCUCAAGCGGCGCGACACUUUGCGACACAAUACGACAACCCUUUACCACUUGUUUCCGAGGUAACACAAUUGCGUAGACAGCUGGCUCUCACCAGCGAUUGGCUGGCUGCAGACCGUAAAGCGUAGCGGCGUUCUGCUUGUCCUAGUUUAGGUGGCUAAACAGUAAACACCGAUAAUUUAGUGGCGGCGUUUUUGACACGUCGCUGUUGGAGCCGGUUUAUUUGUUAAAAGCAUCAAAAUGGCUGAAAAGUUCGACAAUCUCGAGGAGCACCUGGAGAAAUUCAUCGAGAACAUUCGGCAGCUGGGAAUCAUCGUCAGCGACUUCCAGCCGAGCAGCCAGGCGGUUCUGAACCAGAAACUGAACUUCAUGAUAUCCGGGCUACAAGACAUCGAUAAGUGCCAAAAGCAGCUUCAUGACAUCAACGUCCCUCUGGAGGUGUUCGAGUACAUCGACCAAGGCCGAAACCCACAGCUGUACACCAAGGAAUGUCUGGAGAGAGCCUUGGCAAGGAACGAGCAGGUCAAAGGAAAGAUAGACACCAUGACGAAAUUCAAGAGCCUCUUGAUUUCCGAGCUCAGCAAAGUUUUUCCCGAGGAAAUGGCCAAAUACAAGGAUAUACGUGGAGAAGAUGGGCCUUCCUAGUGUCUGCAGCUCACGACCCUCUCCCCGACCUUCACCCUGUGACCCGUCCUGUAUGGAAGGUCUGAAUGAAGAUCUAGAACGCUUCUCAUUUCUGCUGCACAUCGUGCGGCUGUUGACGGUGAUGAAGGUCGUAGGUCAGAGCAGAACCCCGGCCCCGUCAGCCAUUACCUUCUUGUAGAUUGAAACUUAUUUAAAACCUUUUUUUUUUUUUUUUUUUGGAGAAAUGUCACUUUAACGCCUUGGAUGUGUUGUGAGAGUGUGAACUCAUUUUCUUCAUUCAGCUUUAAGUUUUACAGAGAGAAACGUUCCACAGCUCAUCUAAGUAUUAGGGAAGAGACUCCGUCGGGUUCACAAACUGUAUAUUUAUACCUGUAUUUUUUAUAACGCUUCUUUAUCAUUGUGCAAACUCAUGAGAUUUUGUAUCAAGCUCAGGAUACUAAAGGCCAUGGUGAUUGAAUGGAGAUGUUUUUUGACAAUAACUUUGUGCCUCAGCGUACAAUCUUUGUCACGUGUUUAUAUUGUAAUGUUUAUUAAAUCCAUUUUUUGUAUGCUGAAACGGUAGCAUUUGUAAAGUACGAGGAAAUAAAUUCUUUGAAGAUAAA